AUGGGUAGUCGCAACGAGCUGCUUGAUCUUGAGAUGAACGAUCCCGCAGACAUGAUUGUCAAAUGUGGAGAUGAAACAUGGCCAGUUCACAAAGAGGUCCUAUCGACCCGCUGCCCGUUGUUCAAGCGUGCAUUGGAGGAUGAUCCCGAGAACGAGGUUAAUGAGAUCAUUAUUGAUGGGGACGAGCAGACCAUCAAUUGGGUAAUGGAUUGGAUUUACCUUCAAAGAAUUGAGCCUGAGAUCAACUUGGAUUCUAUGCAAUACUUCCCGAGAAUGUACAAGGCCGCGGAGAAAUUCGAACUGCAUGACAUGAUGAAGCAGAUCAAACGCGAGCUACAAGUCUUUCUGCGCGACAGAGCCAUCGAUGUGCAGCAACGUUUUCACGACGCCAACCCUGAGCAAGAACCCGAGUGGAUUGAAGAGGAUCAUAUUGAAUCAAUCCGACACGCCGUUGAAGAGGCAUAUAACAAGCACCCAGUCCAAGAGCUCCAACCUUUCUUCGUCCAUUAUUUCGAGGCGGCUAUGUUCUGGCCAUUGGGAUCGAGCUCGUUCGAUGAUCUUUUUGAAAUCGUGCCUGCCUUUGCCGAUGACGUGCUAUUAUCAUUCAUGGACCGCGAUUACACUCCGGGCAUCCUGAUCGCUCCCAUAGUCUGCGAGAAUUGUCUGAGAUGCCCGUUCACUCGAGUGGUCCGUGAGACCAGAUACCAUUACGUUGAGGUGUGGCAGGAUGACACGGGAGAGUGUCGAGGGGUCUGCAACCUCUGCACCGACUACAGACCUGCACUGUUUGCCGACCCCGCCGAAGACUAAACGAAGAAAUUGCAAGGAUAAUGGACAUGAUGAGAAUGAACGGAGGUUAAGAAUCAAAAGUCAUGAAUCUGGAAAAUAGGAUUGCUCGAAAUGCGGGAGAAAAUGGUAGGGGUCCUUGAAUCUUUUCUGCUUUAUUUAUUGAUGGGGAAGAGGGAUGAAAUUGACCACCAAUUUUCUUAAUUAUGAGUAUUCAUGUGUUAACUGUGCAUCCAUCAAAUGGGAAUAAAUUCCCGGUCAUCAUAUUCCUUCAAGAGGGAGGCUAUUUUCUGUAAGCUUGAGCUGCGCUCCUGCUGCUGGGUCUUCUUCCU